CCCGCCGCCGCCGCUCUCCGGGCCCCGGAGGCAGAAGAAGGAAGCGGCGAGCUGGGCAUCGGCUGAGCGGCCGCCCCGGCGGACCAGGUCACCCGUCCCAAUGGGGAAUGGAUCAGUAAAACACAAGUACAUGAAGAGGCCUGACAGCCAUGCGGGGAGCUGUCCUUACGGCUGCUCAGGAAGCGGCAAGUUGGGGAAAGACCAGGUUUUGAACAUCAGCACCAUAGCUGGUGCAGCGGAUAUUCUGCGCGGCAAAGUUUGGGAGCUCGAACGGGAGCUGAAGAGGCAGGAAGAAGACAUACAGGAAAGGAGCUACCUGAUCAUCGAGCUCCAAGAACAGCUGGCGAAGCAAACCCGAACCAUCGCUGAGCUCACCGAGGAGCUCAAGUGUAAAUGCAUCCAGCUGAACAAGCUGCAAGAUGUGGUGGACACCCAGGGGGCAAACCCCUUCCUCUUUUCCCCUCUUAAAGAAGCGCCCCGAGUGGUCCCGGCAGCGUCUAAUAACAGGAGGAGAGGGGCUAAGGAAGGCGUGUCCGCCGAACCCACGACUCGGACGUAUGACCUGACGGAGCAACCUCGUUUCUCCUUUGAAAAAGCAAGAGUCAGAAAGCCCUCCAGUGAGAAAAAGCUGAUCACAGAUGCCCUGAACAGGAACCAAUUUCUGAAGAGACUGGACCAGCAACAGAUCAGAGAUAUGGUAGAAUGUAUGUACGGGAGAACAUACCAGCAGGGGAGUUAUAUAAUCAAACAAGGAGAGGCGGGCAACCAUAUAUUUGUGCUGGCCGAGGGCAGAUUGGAGGUCUUUCAGCAGAACAAGCUCCUCUCAUCCAUUCCUGUGUGGACAGCAUUUGGUGAGCUGGCUAUUUUAUACAACUGCACAAGGACAGCUUCCGUCAAAGCUGUCACCAGCGUGAAAACAUGGGCAUUAGACAGAGAGGUUUUCCAGAAUAUCAUGAGGAGGACAGCCCAAACAAGGCACGAACAAUACAGAAACUUCCUUAGAAGUGUGUCGUUGCUGAAGAAUUUGCCUGACGAUAAGCUGACCAAGAUCAUAGACUGUUUGGAAGUGGAAUACUAUGACAAAGGAGAUUACGUUAUUCGUGAGGGAGAGGAAGGAAACACCUUCUUUGUCAUAGCCAGGGGGAAGGUUAAAGUCACCAAGACUGCCGAAGGAUGUCCGCAAGCCCACCUGAUUAAAACAUUGCAGAAAGGAGAUUACUUCGGGGAAAAGGCCCUGAUCAGCGAUGACGUCAGGUCUGCCAACAUAGUCGCCGACGAAAAUGACGUGGAGUGUCUCGUUAUAGACAGAGAAACCUUCAAUCAAAUGGUCGGCACAUUUGAAGAGCUCCAGGCGUACCUCACGGGUUAUGUGGCUAAUCUGGCUCGAGAUGAUGAAAAACGGCAAGCCCAAGUUUCUUCCUCUGAACGACUGCCCAGCGAUGUCUCUUUGGAGAUGAUACAGCUCAGAGAAAAAGUGACCCAGUUUCCUUCCACCUGUCCUUUUCAAAACCUGGAAAUUGUCGCUACCCUGGGCGUCGGUGGGUUUGGAAGAGUUGAGCUUGUUAAAGUCAAGAAUGAGAAUACAGCCUUUGCCAUGAAAUGCAUUAAAAAGAAGCACGUUGUGGAUACCAAGCAGCAGGAGCACAUUCACUCGGAAAAGAAAAUUCUAGAAGAAGCCUGUUCACCGUUCAUUGUGAAAUUAUACCGCACUUUCAAAGACAACAAAUACGUUUACAUGCUCUUGGAAGCCUGUCUUGGAGGCGAACUGUGGAGCAUCUUGCGGGACAGAGGCAGCUUUGAUGAAACCACUACAAAGUUCUGCGUUGGCUGUGUGACAGAAGCCGUAGAAUAUUUGCAUCACAUCAGUGUUAUCUACAGGGAUCUGAAGCCGGAAAAUUUAAUUCUUGAUGCCCAAGGCUAUGUAAAACUGGUUGAUUUUGGGUUUGCUAAGAAGAUCGGAGCCGGACAAAAGACCUGGACCUUUUGCGGUACUCCCGAGUAUGUCGCUCCUGAAGUCAUAUUGAAUAAAGGGCAUGAUUUCAGUGUGGAUUUCUGGUCACUUGGAAUACUUGUGUACGAAUUGCUCACGGGCAAUCCUCCAUUUUCUGGGGUUGAUCAAAUGAUGACCUACAAUCUGAUCCUAAAAGGCGUUGAAAGGCUGGAUUUUCCCAGAAUAAUAACAAAGCGGCCUGAAGAUCUGAUUCGGCGGCUCUGCAGACAAAACCCUACCGAGAGAUUAGGAAACCUGAAGAAUGGAAUACAUGAUAUAAAGAGGCACAGGUGGCUGAACGGUUUCAAUUGGGAGGGACUCAGAGCCAGGAAGAUAACAUCACCUUUAAAAAGAGAGCUUUCAGGCCCGAUGGAUUACAGCUAUUUUGACCGAUACCCUCCGGAGCAGAGCAUCCCCCCGGAUGAGCUUUCAGGCUGGGAUAAAGAUUUCUAAGAAGACCAGGGCUGAUCUUUGUAAAUCGAUCUUCUAAACAACCACCUAUUGUCUGCACCAGUUCACCGACAUCCUUGUUAAGAGCUCUGCCCGCUGCGCUAACGUCAGCGGGACUUUUGCGAUUAGAUCUGAUGCCGAGCGGGCCGCACCCUAGUUUGUUUUCUAACCUCAAAGGGUCCGUGCACAAGAAAUGGCUCUUUGAAGGGCAGAAACAGGGUCCAGCCAGCCUCAUUCCCCCACUGAACCGCAGUCUGAAUUCUCUACCCGUCUCUUGCAGAGGUGCGCGAUGCGUCCAUGACGUCAGCAUCUGUGCUCGAGCAUGUUUUACAUAAAGCGCACUGUGACCAAGGCUGGACCUGAAGAUGAAAAAUGAAGGCGCGCCAAGAUGGUGUGGGAAAGAGGCCGGAAGCAGAGCUGCAUUCUAAUGAGUUUGGUGUCAGUGACCUUUUUAUUUUCCCCUCCAUCAGGGAAAAGAAAAACCCACACUUUGUAAGAAGCUUCCUCCGACACAUUCAAGCAAGGCCCUAAAAAUGUAUAUAGGAUCGUAGGUUGCCAGUUCUGGACUAGGAAAUUCAUGGAGAUUUGGGGCAAAGCUUGGGGAACAUAGGGACUGGUUAAGGAAGGGACGUCUGCGGAGUAUCAUGCAGUACACUCCACUCUCCAAAGCAUCCUCUUCAGAGGUGGGAUCCAGCAGGUUCUCGCAGGUUCUCACAAGUUCCCGAGAGUAGGUUACUAAUUAUUUGUGUGUGCCGA